AAAAUGGCCGACGUCAACAACAUGCAGUUUGGUGUCAGUGACGGUAUGUUUCCUGACUAUAACACUGGAGAUAUGUCUGACUCCAGUAGCUGCAGUGAUGUGCCAGAUCUCCCUGUUCAACAUGCAAUGAUUGAGAUUCUAAUGUUAGCUGUUAUGUAUUAGGUCCUGGAGUAUAUAUUGUUUCUAAGAGCAGUACAUGGUGUCCCCAAGGGCAACCAGCAUGACGACAUAGCUGUGAGAGUCAAGGGUAAUAAACAAGAGCAAGGGGACCAAGACUAUGCCUGGUUCCAAAUAAGAGUAAAAUGCAGUGGUGAAUUCACCAAAGAGCUGAGUGCUGAACCUAUGAUCAAAGUUCCAAGCAAGGCUCUCAUAAAAGUUCUCAAAGAAAGUCAAGAAUUGAAUCCAGAAUCUGCAUACCUGAGUGUGGACUGCCAUACUGCAGCAUCUACAUUGGGGAAAAGACAAUACAUAAGGCUCCAUGGAGAUGACAACCAAAUACACUCGCGCUGUGAGACCCUUCAUAAAGAAACUGCUCUCAAGUUUUCUACUUACACAAUAGCUUUGAAGGUUUAUCAGGCAAGGAACCAUAUGAUGCAAGAAUGCCAGGCUGUCUUUGAUUAUCUUCACAAACUCAGGUUACUCAACAACAAUAUUGGUUUACAUUUUUAUUUGAAUGUUGAUGGUGCCAAAUCCUUCUCAGAUUUUGGCCCAAAGAUGCCACGCUACAAAUUCGGCCAGAGGUCAAUCUCAACAGGCAUCAGUCAUUAUAUGCAAAAAGACAGCACGCCAGGUGAUGUUACCAAAUUGUCGCCCAAGUCAGGAGUCAGCCAAGUUGUCCAGAUGAGGGGCCCUUAUGGCAGUUGCAAGACUUUGAAGGUGUCCACCAUAGCAGCAGUGCUGCCCCCUGUGGACCAAAUGCACUUAUUGAACAGCAGAUGUGUGAAAUUACAUAUGUUGUUCUAUGGGUUGAACAAUGUGCCUGUCAUGAUACAAGGUGUCAAAGACUCAGCAGUUAACCCAGCCACAGUAGUUAAACUUGAUGACUAUGGACUGACACUUGGACAGAAAUCUUCAUCUGAACAACCAGGCACCGUACCUAUAGACUGGGAGUAUGACAUUGUUCCAAUCUCUGAUGAGACCAGUGCAGAUAUGGAUGAUGUGGAAGCUGAUCCCCUUACUCUACUGGUAUUGAUAUGUAUAGAGAGGAACAACAACCUCCAAGCAGCAUCUGUGCAUGAACAAUUAAAUCUGCAAGAUGACAUCAGGCAGAAUUUCUCCUCACUGUUGUUAGGUUGUAGGGCGAAGUUCAGGAGAAGUGUUGGCUCAGCCGUCAGUAAACUCCUGCACAAUUAUACAGCAAUUGAACAGAAGCAGCAACUUCUGGAUAUGGCGGUGCCUUCGAUUACAGAUUCCAUUACAUCCAUUGUUCAGCACAGCACCAAUGAACAGUUUAGGCAGGCCUGCUUCACACUAUUAAAUGUGACAAACAGUAAGGACCUGAGAAGAUGUGUAACAAGGAAACUGUGGCAUAUGGGAGCUGAGAAAUAUGGUGUUGUAAGACCAGUACAGUCAGUCAGACGAAGUGCAAGCCUCACAGCAUUAGACACUCAUAGAGAACAGCAUCACAAGUCUACUAGAAUGAACAGAGAUGGGGAACAACACAACAGUCAAACAUCAUUUAAUAGACAUACCAGGAAGCAUAAAAGAGCUAGGCUUCAGACUGGUACUUCUCAAAGUAAUGUCCAUCCAAUGAGUGAAAGUCAGUUAGAUGCAGCACAAGCCAGUGAAUAUGAUGGUUCAGUGAAUGAAAUGAGAACACCAGGACGUACUGCACCUAAAAGCUGUAGCAUUACAAGGCCACCCUGUACCCUCAAAGAGUCCAUGGGGGCCCCAGAUCAGAAUAAUAACUCAACUCCCUACAACUCGAAUAGUUUCACACAUAACAAUGCCAUGCAAUUUAGUAACAUGCCAUACAACAGUGAAGGGCCAUAUAGUGUCACUUGCUACAAUAACGUUACCCCAUACUACAUACCCACGGUGUCCCAUAAUAGACAGUCCACUCAGCAUGGUAGCAUCUUCCCCGGAAGUCUAACAUCUCAGACACAUACAUGUGACAGUUCAACCAUUUCUGACACAAUAUGGUCACAACGCGAACAUGUUUCAAUUGAAACUGAAGAUAGAGGAGCUACACCAAGUAUUCCCAAUGAGGCGACUGACUGUGAUGAUGACUCUAAAUGUAGUUCUGAAGGAGGAACACAACUCCAGUAUAGCAGUGAAGGUGGAGCUGGGGCACAACAAGGGAUCCAUGAUGUCCUUUUGUCAACAUCCGCUCGACAUAUGGAAGAUAGCAUGCCAACACAGGACAGCUUUGAUCUCCUUGCAGAGUCAUCAGUUGUCUCAGAUAUGAAGAAUACAAUAGAGUAUGAUGGAACAUCAUUCUCCAUGACCAGUUUGGCAUCUAGUGACACCCAGGAGCCAAUUGCCUUGGAACCAUUUACUUUGGAUGAUGAUUGGUUCAACCAGGUCCUUUUAGAUCAGAGUCAGAGUCAAUGACCCCCCC